GUUUCAAAUCUUUAUUGCAGUCCCUUUCCGGAAGGUUCUGCCAUAGAGAGCUGGUCGGAAUCAUGGGGCCCUCUGGAGCUGGGAAGACCACACUAAUGAACAUUCUGGCUGGUUACAGAGAAAAAGGGACAAAGGGUCAAAUCCUGGUAAACGGAAAACCCAGGGAUCUGAAGACCUUCAGGAAAAUGUCUUGCUACAUCAUGCAGGAGGAUGUUCUGCUGCCACAUCUCACCCCCAAGGAGGCCAUGAUGGUUUCAGCAAAUUUGAAGCUGGAUGAAACCCUAGAAGUGAAAAAGGAGCUGGUGGAUGAGAUUCUAACUGCUUUGGGACUCCUCGACUGUGCCCACACCCGCACUACUGCCCUCUCUGGCGGUCAGUGUAAACGUCUGGCUAUCGCAUUAGAACUGGUCAACAACCCUCCAGUCAUGUUCUUCGACGAGCCCACAAGUGGUUUAGACAGUGUUUCCUGCUACCAAGUGGUGUCCUUAAUGCACUCUCUGGCACUGGGAGGACGUACCAUUAUCUGCACCAUUCACCAGCCUAGUGCCAAAUUGUUUGAGAUGUUUGACAAGCUUUACAUCCUCAGUCAGGGUCAGUGCAUCUACAAAGGCUCAGUACCAUCCCUUAUCCCCUACAUGAAGACUAUGGGUCUCUGCUGUCCUACCUAUCACAACCCUGCUGACUUCAUCAUUGAAGUGGCCUCAGGAGAAUAUGGGGAACUAAACCCUGUGCUCUUUGAGGCAGUUCAAGGUGGAAUGUGCACCUUAGAACACAGGAAGAACCUUUGUGCAGCCAACAGCUCCAUGAAUGCUGGAUACAUUGAGAGCCAUACCUUUGCUACAAGCACACUCACACAGUUCUGCAUCCUCUUCAAGAGAACAUUAAUAACUAUAUGUCGAGAUCAGGUUUUGACCCACCUCAGACUGAUCUCCCAUAUCACCAUUGGUAUAAUAAUAGGUCUACUCUAUUUAAAUAUUGGCAAUGAUGCCAACAAGGUGUUUAACAACACUGGAUUUCUCUUCUUCUCUAUGCUGUUCUUAAUGUUUGGAGCCCUCAUGCCAACAGUGCUGACCUUUCCUCUGGAGAUGUCUGUGUUCCUGCGUGAGCAUCUUAACUACUGGUACAGCCUGAAGGCUUACUACCUGGCUAAAACCAUGGCUGACAUCCCAUUCCAGAUGAUCUGCCCCAUCAUGUACUGCAGUAUUGUGUACUGGAUGACAGAGCAGCCUCCUGAGGCUAGCCGUUACCUGCUCUUCAUAGCUCUGUCCAUCUGCACUGCCCUAGUGGCCCAGUCCUUAGGCCUGCUGGUUGGGGCAGCUUCCACAUCUCUUCAGGUAGCUACAUUUAUUGGACCGGUUACAGCGAUACCAGUGCUGCUUUUCUCUGGGUUCUUUGUGAACUUCAACACUAUCCCUAAUUACCUGCAGUGGAGCUCCUAUGUGUCCUAUGUCAGAUACAGCUUUGAAGGGGUGCUUCUGUCCAUCUAUGGGAUGAACCGCUCAGAGCUGGAGUGUCCUGGGAAGGUGUGUAGGUUCCAACAGCCUGAAGAGGUUCUGCAGCUGUUGAACGUGGAAGAUGCUGAGCUCUACAUUGAUUUCAUUGUCCUGGGUAUCUUCUUUAUAGUUCUUCGACUGACCACUUACCUUGUCCUAUGCUACAAGGUCAAGUCUGAGAGAUAG